UGGUGGACGCGCGGUCCGCCGUCGCGGUGACGGACGAGGACUUCGUGUGCGCGACAUUGGACUGGUGGCCGCCGGACAAGUGCGACUACGGCACCUGCGCCUGGGGCAACGCCUCCCUGCUCAACCUGGUCUUUAAUAUUCUCCUCCCUGCAGAAUCUCUCCAACAAAAUCUUGCUGAAUGCCGUCAAAGCAUUCUCCCCCCUGAAGCUCCGGCUGGGCGGCUCUUUGCAAGAUAUGUUGAUAUAUGACACCGGCGACCCUCGUCAGCCAUGCACUCCGUUCGUGAAGAACACAUCGGCAAUGUUUGGUUUCACGCAAGGUUGCCUGCCAUUGCAUAGAUGGGAUGAGCUCAACGCGCUCUUCCAAAAAUCUGGGGCAAAAAUUAUUUUUGGGUUGAAUGCUCUAAAUGGCCGGAUCCCAAUGCCUGAUGGUUCUUUAGGUGGGCCAUGGAAUUACACAAAUGCAGCUUCUUUUAUUAGCUACACCGUAAAUAAGGGAUAUGAUAUCCAUGGAUGGGAGCUUGGGAAUGAACUCAGUGGCAGUGGAGUUGGAGCCCGGAUUGAUGCGGACCAAUAUGCAGCAGAUGUGAUCACUCUGAAACACAUCAUUGACAGCACCUACCAAGGCUACCCAUCAAAGCCACUGCUACUUGCACCAGGAGGCUUCUUUGACGCCGCCUGGUUCACUGAACUCGUCAGCAAAACAAAGCCAAAUCAAAUGGAUGUGAUCACUCACCAUAUCUACAAUUUAGGCCCUGGUGUUGACGAUCAUCUGAUUCAGAAAAUUCUUGAUCCAUCUUACCUUGAUGGCGAGGCAAGCACGUUCAGCAAUCUCCAGGGAAUACUGAAGUCUGCAGGGACUUCAACCGUUGCAUGGGUUGGCGAGGCUGGAGGGGCUUACAACAGUGGCCACCACCUUGUAACUGAUGCGUUUGUGUUCAGCUUCUGGUACCUGGAUCAGCUUGGGAUGUCAUCAAAGUAUGACACAAAGACUUACUGUAGACAGACCUUGAUUGGUGGGAACUAUGGCCUGCUCAACACAACAACAUUUGAACCAAAUCCUGAUUAUUACAGUGCUUUACUAUGGCAUCGCCUCAUGGGAACCAAGGUUCUCUCAACAACAUUCAAUGGCACAAAUAUGAUCCGUGCUUAUGCACAUUGCGCAAGAAAUUCGGAAGGGAUUACUCUGCUCCUAAUCAACCUUAGUAGCAACAACACAAACCACAUUUACGUGACGAGCGAUGGUGCACAAACCCACAGUGCAAGGAAGGAGGGCAGAAGGUCUGGCCACAUUCCUGGACUUGGUGAAGCAGCUGAGCUCACAAGAGAAGAGUACCAUCUCACUCCCAAAGAUGGAAACUUGCAGAGCCAACAGGUGUUGCUAAAUGGCAAUGUGUUGGCUACUGAUGCCAACGGAGACAUCCCUAAGCUGGCAUCUGUGCAAGUGAAGGGAACGCAGCCCAUAACCGUGUCUCCUUACUCCAUUGUGUUUGCUCAUAUCCCAAGCUUCUAUGCUCCUGCCUGUAGGUAGAUUUUUAUUUGAUUGUUGAUUGUUUUCAGUGUGAACGAUGCUGUUGUCAUAGGUUAGAUGAAGUCUGGGUGAACGGCGAAGCUUGCUCACCUGUACAUGAAGUAAGCUAUAAGGCUGAAAGAUUUGUGAUUCGUCAUUCUUUAGGAAAAGAAGUGUUCAGGAAAUGUAUGCAAAAGGAAAGAAAAUAAAAUAAACCAAAAGAAAAUAAGUAUUUG